AUGCAGCGCGCCCGCGAACACCACCACCACCACUCAACAUGCCUCCCUCUCCGUCUACACGCAACAAUCACCUACACCUCCCCUCUCCCAUCAAGCCCAACCCAAUACGCCUCCGACCUCCGCACCCUCGGUCUCCCGCCACCCUCUCAAAAGAACCUACACCCCUCGCAGGAUGUAGAGGGUGUGGUAGAGGCGGUAUGGCAUACGUGGGCCGAUAGCGACUUUAUGAGUGUGUUAGUGGGCAAGGUUAGGGCGUUGAAUGGGAGAGAGGGGGUGGAGAAGAUGAGGGGGGUUGGUGUUGAGAGUGUUGUUCUGCAUAAGUUGAGGAAGGACCUGACCGUACCGUUACCGGGCGCCACACCACUCGCGCGCGCAUCGACCCACUCGAGUCCAGCAACGCCCGAAUCACCCGCUCUCGCUGCUCUAUCUCCUGCACCCUCCUCAUCAGCAUCCUCGUCGGACUCACCAAGCUCGACAGCCGUCACUACCCCCUCACCUGCACCUCAAAGCAUCACUUCGCCCUCGCCACAACCGGAAGCCUGCGAACCCACUACGCGAGAAGAGAGUCAAGAAGCCGGAACCGACAGCGACGACGACGACGAGGAUCUUCGACUCUUCUACCCAGACUCGGACUCAGAGGAUGAAGAAGAUGCGAUGGAAUGCGACUCGGUACAGCCAACUCAACCUCUGGUCGAGUACCCGUCGUCGCCUGUCUUGACUCAAUCGGACACACCACGACUGAACCCGGUGCCCAUCCAGGACGGCGCAGGGUUCGGCGGGUCUUGGCUCAGGCUGAGGGACGAGAACGCCCGUCUGACUGCAGAGCUACAAUCUGCCCGGCACGAUGCAGAACUGCACAAGCAUCGAGCUCAACUGCUAGAACAAGAACUCCGGAAAGCGCAAAGUCAGCUCGCGGUCAACCAGAGGUGCGCGCCUAAUCUUCUGGGGGCGCUUUUGGCAAUUAGCACCAUCGUGGACGAGACGAUGGGAGAUGUCGACCCGGAGUAG